CAUGCGUGACUGCACAAAAAUCGGACCAUCGAAACAGACCGUCUUCUACGCUAUAUUACUUUCAAGAGUUAUCUUACCUAAAGUAGUUUGAAAUGUAAUGUAUUUGCCUUAAUCUAUGUUUGAUAUACCUUACAAAAUGCCGUCAUUUUACAUGACCGUAUUUGUGUGAUCUCUAGUGCAAAUUCGUUGUUCUGUGGUAGUGUAGUUUGUUUGCAAUAUUUGGCGUGUAGCUGGCGGGAAGUGAAAAUGUUAUCAUAUUUAUCUCUUUACGAUAUUUUCAUCAAUUAGCCAAUGGAAGGUGUCUUUUUAACCAGGGCGUGCACCGCUUAUUGUUUUUGAAAAUCACGGUCGAUUAAUGUGAGAAAAGUACUUGCACCGUGGCUUUUUCUGGAUGGUAUCGUCCCACUGGAAGGAUCCGCUGUGAGUCUGCUUUGUUUCUCAAACCAUACAUACAUUUUAUCUGCUCCCCCACAGGAGAAUUGUUUAACAAUUGCAAUGUGAGUUUUAUUAAUAGGUUAUCAUUCUUCGAUUAAGAACCAUCAGCCCUUUUUUGUCCCUUUUGAAGCGCUCUGACAUUUACACCACAAUGUCUCAGUCAGAGACGUGUUGCAUUUGUGGGGUGAGGUUUGUGAGGGGGCCCAAGGGUUACAACAGGAGGAAAGUCACCACGCUGACCAGCCCCAAGACCUUCAAGCUAGUCUUUGACAUCACUCCUGAUGACUCAUCCUUCCUCUGCUGGGUCUGUCUUGGUGUGCUCAGAAGGAAAACCAAGCAGGAUGGGAAGCUUUGGACUUGGUCAGAUUUGCCAACAAAAGUUGGCAGACCUCGAAAGCCCCGUGCCGAAAUACCAAGCUCAUCCACAACAUUAUCCAAUCAAACUCCAAUUAUAACCAACCCAUCUUCUUUAUCCAUAGAAGAGGAGUGCAUUGCUUCUAAAAAAAACAACCGGAGGCCAGUUCGUCAGUGGGACGGGGAGAAAUGGACCACCAUGACUUCUCGUUCCCCAGAAUUCCAUUCAACGACCAUCAGACGACCUCAAACUCCCAUAGCCCCAACCACACACUCCUCUUCAACACCAUCAAAUCAAGUAAAUUCCUCAACAUUAUCAAGUCAAACUUCAAAUCAGAUCAGUUCUCUGUUCUCCUUCGGAGAGCGGACAACAAAAAGACGUCCGAAGGCACCCCAAUCUACAACACACUCCACACUCCUGUCUCCGUUCCCCGUUGACGAAGGUAUAAGGCCCAAGAAGAAGAAUCUCUCUUUCUCCAAGACUAAGCAGAGCUAUGGGUUUGGACCUCAUGCCAAGGCCCUGCAUUACAUGCACAGCCACCAGCACCUGAAGGCCUUCAGGUCCCUGAUGAAGACCAAAGCUAGAGAAGCCAUGACCCUUUUCCUCGCAGAGGUUAUCGCCCAGGAGAGUAAGGUAUUGAUGAAGGACCAACGUGGGCCAUUGCGUCAGCCGCUGACUGAGGCGAGUGUGAGUGAAUUUUCCUGGGACGCGGUUCUAGCGUGGGGGGAAGAAAAGGCCCCUAUGACCCUGGCAUGUCUUAGGGCCAUGUUCCCCAAACCCAACACCAUCAGGACACAGGUUAUGAUGGGAGCAAGGAAAACGAAAUGCCCGAGGACAGAAGAGGCGGCAGGUGAUAUGGUCAGCCAGAGGGUGGGGCUUAUCCUGGCCAUCGUCCUCUACACCUCCAUGCAGAAGUGCAACUUCAUCCAGGCCUCUCUGGGGGUCGAGUUCUGGAAACAGGGCUGUCCUCUCAGCGUGUUGAAAGCCCUCAGUGCCCUGGGGGUGUGUCCCAGUGCUGCCUCUACCAGGAGACACGCAGAGAGGCUGACAACCGGCUUUGAUCCACCUCAGCAGGACCGGACAGAGGGGGUGGUGGAGGAGCCUGGGGACUCCUUUUGUAGAUCUGAGGAUGAGAGUCAGACUCUGAGUUGUUCUGAAGAGUAUUCCAGUUCCUCCCCGACCCACUCUCUGAACUCGUUCUCGGACGAAUCCCACUCCAGAGACGGGUCCUGGUCCGAUCAGAGUUCCAGACCUGACUCCAGGAGCAACGACUACCAAGGCCCUACUCGGAGGCCUGACUCCCGGGAGUACCAGAAUCUGAUCAAAGAACAUGGUUACCACAAAGUCCAGAAACCUACAUUGAGUCGAUGGACGAAGAACAGUGAGGACAAAAGGGAGGCAAAGAAAAACCCUGUUCAAAACCCCAAGAGAAGGAAGAUGACGAAAAAGAAAACUCCUCAAUCGCCUCCAGUAGUAAACGCAACUGGCGCGCACCGUUCAGACAUGGAGACUUCUCAAAUAAGUAAGGUAAACAUGGAAGUCGUUCAAACAUCUCAAGUAGACAACACACACGUGGAACCCGUUCAAACGUCUCAAGUAGACAACACACACGUGGAACCCGUUCAAACGUCUCAAGUAGACCACACACACGUGGAACCCGUUCAACGUCUCAAGUAGACAACACACACGUGGAACCCGUUCCA